AUGGAAAGAAUGGGCUUCACAGGGAAAUUCCUUGGAUGGGUUAAGGCUUGUGUUACCACACCCAUGUUCUCUGUUCUCAUUAAUGGCAGCCCCACAGGUUACUUCAAGGGAGAUAGAGGUAUCAGGCAAGGUGACCCGCUCUCUCCUUAUUUGUUCACUAUUGCCAUGGAAGCUUUUUCAGGAAUUAUACGAAGGCUGGAAGUAGAUGGUCAAAUCAAAUUGCUGCCUAGAUGUAAAGCUCUACAUCUUUCUCACCUUAUAUUUGCGGAUGACCUAAUGAUCUUUGUGAAGGCCAAUCGCGAAUCUGUUUUGGCUAGUUUGGGGGGUCUUGACGAGUUUGCAAGUCUUUCAGGGCUGCAUCUCAAUAGAUCUAAGUCCUCUAUUAUUGUAGGGGGCCUAACCCAAACUAGUAGUAUGGAACUUUUGGAAUUAACGGGUUUCUCUGAGACCACUCUCCCUAUCAGAUCCACCAAACUUUGGCUCGAUAAGUGGCACCCAGAGGGAGUCCUUUUUAAUAGGUUUGGUAGUAGGAUUUGCUAUGAUGCGGGAUCUUAUGCGCUUGCAGCCCAUCAUGCACUUGUCAAGGAAAUUGUUCGGGAUGGAGACUGGCUGCCUGGCCCUUCAACCUCUUUUGACCUUAUUGAUGUGUGGAGAGCCCUCCCCUCCAUUGAUAAGUUGCAUGGUGACAACCCGGAUUUGGUAAUAUGGACUGGCAAUCCGACAGGUAUCUUUUCAACCAAAUCGGCUUGGAAUGCCACCCGUGUGAAGGCCAACCCCGUGGAUUGGAGUGAAGCAGUUUGGUUUGAAGGCAGCAUUAAGUCCCACUCUUUUGUUUCUUGGAGGUGUCUGGUCGAUGCUCUCCCCACUAGGGAUAAUCUUCUUCACAGGGGGAUCCCGGUUCAACAUAGUUGUGAGUUUUGUUGGGCUGGUAUUGAGAGCAGAAACCAUAUUUUCUUUGCUUGCCCUUUUUCCAUUGAUAUUUGGAGGAGGAUCUUUGGUAUGUGUUCUCUUCAUGGACAGGCUCCCAUGAACAUAUUUGAUGCUGCCAUUUGGGUUCGUUAUGCGGCAAGAAGAGCGGGGAGCUUAGGUGUGGUUUUAAAGCUUGCAUUUUGUGCCACUAUCAAGCAUAUUUGGUUUGAAAGAAAUUUCAGAAUUUUUCGGCAAAAGGCUAGAUCUAAGGAUCAGAUUGUGGAAGCUAUCAAGGGGGAUGUUAGGACUGUAGUCACAUCUGGUUCUUUGAGUGGGGAUCCUAGUCCUGCUAAUUCCCACAUUGCUUCGGCCUAG